GGCGCUCCGGCGCGGGGGGGGGGGACACGGGCCUCGCCCCGCCCACGCGCCCCGCGCGCACGUCGCGACCUCCCGGUGCCCGCGCCCAUGGCGAGCCUGCUGCCCCGCGCCCUGCGCCCCUGGCGCGCGCUCCGGGGGCCCGGCGGGUGGGCUGCAGAGGUGCCCUCCCGCGCCGCGAGCCUCGGCGCCGCCCCGCUCUACCCCGCGCAUAUCCCCACGUCCCCGCUGCAGAAGGCGCUGCUGGCCGCGGGCGCCGCGGGCAUGGCGCUCUACGACCCCUACCGGCACGACAUGGUCGCGGUGCUGGGAGAAACCACGGGACUGCGGGCCCUGAAGGUGCUCCGGGAGCAGAUGAGGGGGCACCCGGAGGGCGCCCAGAUCCUGCAGGAGCGUCCCCGGAUCUCGCUGUCCACCCUGGACCUGGCGAGACUCUGCAGCCUCCCAGAAGGCUCCCUGGGCCGCGAGUACCUACGCUUCCUGGAUGAGAAUGGGGUCUCCCCAGACACCCGCGCGCCCACCCGAUUCGUGGAUGACGAGGAGCUGGCCUACGUGAUCCAGCGGUACCGGGAGGUGCACGACAUGCUGCACACGCUGCUGGGGAUGCCCACCAACAUGCUGGGGGAGAUCGUCGUGAAGUGGUUCGAGGCCGUGCAGACGGGGCUGCCCAUGUGUGUCCUGGGGGCGCUCUUCGGGCCCGUGCACCUCAGCGCCCAGAACCUUCGAGUGCUAGUCUCCGAGCUGAUCCCCUGGGCCGUGGACAGCGGCCGCCGCGCGCCCUGUGUCCUCAACGUGUACUACGAGCGCCGCUGGGAGCAGCCCCUGAGGGCGCUGCGGGAAGAACUGGGCAUCGCCGACCCUCCCCGGACCCCCAGCGCCAGGCCCCACCCCUGAGGCCCGCCUGGCCGCCCGUUCUCCCCGUGCUGGGCCCCGAGAGGCCUUUCACUCCGUGGCGGAGCUCCCGGGCUCCAGGAGAACCUCGUGGGACCGGAAGCUGGCAGUCUGGCCGGCACUGAGCGUGCCCGGCCCCCUCCUGGGUGCCGGGGGGUCCUGAGUGCUGAGGGGGCUCCCCACCUUCCACUGGCCUGAGAAGCAACGAGGAGCUGUCGAGUGUCCCCCUGGGAAUAAAGGCUCCUGUCUGCA